CUCCCCUUAUAAAUAAACAUAAUAGCAUAUAUACAUAUACAUUUCCAUCAAUAAAGAAAACACCAUAUUCAUCUUUUCUCCCCCAACUCUUUGCCAUUUUAAAUAAGUAUAUAUAUGUGAAGGUGAGGUUUGAGAAAUGGGAUUUGUUCACAAACCUUCAUUAUACGUAGUGGCUUCCACCUUAUUAUUCAUAGCUACUUUUUUCACAUUUGCAUGUACGAAUGUGACAGCGGAUUUGGUAGGAAGUAUAUGCGCCAAGGCCCGAAGACCUGACACAUGCACACGUGCAUUGAGGUCCGAUCCUCGAACCAAAACCGCCGACAUGAAAGAACUCGCCACCAUCGCAAUCGAAGUGUCAAUGAAACAUGCGAAAACAUCGCAUGCCCUCGUGGAAUCCCUUCUCAAGGGAGCGAAGAAUCCCGAGUCCAAAUCAAGAUAUUCAUCGUGUUUGGAUAACUACGAGGAUUCCGUCGAAGCCCUAGGGAGAUGCCUCGAUUUCUUAAAAGUUAAGGACUAUGGGAGCUUGGACUCAUAUGCUUCUGCUGCUUUGGAUUUCCCAGAAACAUGUGACCAAGAUUUUGAGGACGCGGCGGCUCGUGAAUCAGGGAAACUGAAAGCUGCGAGUACAAAGCUCCAAGAUCUUUGUGAUGUUGUAUUGAUUGUUAGCAGCAAAUUAAGCGGACGGGUGUUGGAAUGAUUAUAAAUAUGUAUGUAUGUAUGUAUGUAUGCACUGAUUCAUGUGGGUUGUUAUCGGGUUCUUCGAUUAUUGAUGAGUACCAAUUGUCCAAUUCCUUAUUUUAUUUGGAGUGGCUAUGAAAUGGGGG